GAGACACGCUUCUGUUGCUGUUGGGGAUAGGAUAGUGAUGGCAGAAAGUGAAGGCUCGAAUACUGAAAAUGGCAAAGUGGGUGCCGUAAAAUCUGAAAAUCUGGACCGUGGUGUAGCAGCCAUUAAAAACCAAUUUCUGACCACCAAAGAGAAGUUUCAUGCUUUCAUCGAUGCUGAUGGAAAGGACGUUACAGAAAAGGAAACUUGUUCAGAGCUGUCUCUUAAUGAUGCAGAGAACACGACCCGUACCGAGAAUGCAGCAGAACCUGAAGCAAAACGAAUUAAGCUUGAUGAUGGGAGUAGUGAAGGCCAGGACCAACCCCCCAAGACUGCAGAGAACAAGCAAGAAAAGAAAAGAGCCAGAGGACAGAACAAAAGUCGACCUCACAUGAAACAUUCCCAGUUUGAAGAAAAUAAACUGUGUCCAUCAGUUACUCAGGAAUGUGCCAGUAAAUGUUUUUUUGGAGACAAAUGCAAGUUUUCGCACGAUGUUGCCAAAUAUGUAUCACAAAAGCCAGAGGAUAUUCGCCCAAACUGUCACCUGUAUGAGACUUUUGGGAAGUGCAUUUAUGGAGUCACAUGUCGGUUCGCCAAAUCACACCUGGGGGAGGAUUUUAAGAACAUAAUUAAUGAAGAGCUUAUGAAGGAGUGGGAAGGCAAAGUAUUGGUGAAAAACAGCCUAGACAAAAGCUUAAAGGAACAGUUACGAAAAAAGAAAGUUGUGUUUGAGAAAUCCGAUAAAUAUUUAAAGCUUUGCUUCAAAUCUGGAGACAGUUCAAAAAUGAAGAACCCAGUAGUUAAGGAAGACAGCGCUGUGCAAGUUACACAAAAGGACAGUCCAAUUACGACAGUGGGAGCUGUGACAGAUGAAGAUGUUAUAAAACUCAGGCCUUGUGAGAAAAAAACUAUUGAUUUCAGGAACAAGCUUUAUCUAGCACCAUUGACUACGUGUGGCAAUCUGCCUUUCAGAAGAAUAUGUAAGCGAUUAGGAGCAGACAUUACGUGUGGAGAAAUGGCCAUGUGCACCAACCUGCUUCAGGGACAGCCUUCUGAGUGGGCUUUGUUAAAGCGCCAUCAUUCAGAGGAUAUUUUUGGAGUGCAGCUGGAGGGAGCGUUUCCUGACACAAUGACUAAGUGCGCUGAGCUGCUCAACAGAACCAUCGAUGUAGACUUUGUGGAUAUCAAUGUUGGAUGCCCCAUAGAUCUGGUGUACAAAAAGGGUGGUGGUUGUGGCUUAAUGAACAGGACUAAUAAAUUUGAACAGAUCGUGAAAGGAAUGAAUUCUGUCCUUGAUGUUCCAUUGACCGUAAAAAUCAGGACUGGGGUGCAGGAAAAAGUCAACAUUGCCCACAAACUUAUUCCGAAUCUCAGAGACUGGGGAGUCUCAUUGGUUACACUUCAUGGAAGAUCCAGAGAACAACGAUACACAAAACUAGCAAACUGGGAAUACAUAGAUCAGUGUGCGAAAAUAGCAAGUCCUGUCCCCUUGUUUGGCAAUGGAGACAUCAUAUCCUAUGAGGAUGCAAAUCGAGCUUUGCAGACUGGAGUUGCAGGAGUGAUGUUGGCAAGAGGAGCGUUAUUCAAGCCAUGGCUGUUUACUGAAAUUAAAGAGCAGCGGCACUGGGAUAUUUCCUCAACGGAACGAUUUGACAUCUUAAAGGACUUUACAAAUUACGGCCUGGAACACUGGGGUUCAGAUUGCCAGGGGGUUGAGAAAACAAGAAAAUUCAUGCUGGAGUGGCUAUCCUUUUUAUGCAGGUAUAUUCCCGUUGGUUUACUGGAGCAUGUACCUCAGAAGAUAAAUGAAAGGCCUCCAUACUACAUGGGGAGAGACUACUUGGAGACUUUAAUGGCAAGUCAGAACGUAACGGACUGGAUAAAAAUAAGUGAGAUGCUUUUGGGACCUGUUCCUCCGAACUUCACCUUUCUGCCAAAGCACAAAGCCAACUCUUAUAAAUAAGGCCAGACUCUGUUAAUUUAUGUUAAUUCCUUAAUGGGGGAAAAUCUUAGGAAAUAGUUGUUUUCGGUUUCUUUUUAAAUAAACAUAAUGGUUUGUCUGUUGA